AUGUACGGUUGGGAAGUCUCUGGUUACCUUCCGACCCCCUUACUGCUCAUGGUGGUGUACUGGGUUACUACUGUCAAGUUGAAAAAGGCCGCUUGCAGUUUGUGCGACAUGGACUUGCAACAAAUAGAACUUGUCCGAUGUCGACUUCAAGAGAUCCAAGGUUGUACUAUAUUGUCACAGGGAGGGUACACUUGCACACGUGACUGGUAUGUCGCCUUUGCAGCCAGCAAUUUUCUUUGCUUCAAGCUGAACGAGACUGGACUCUUUGAUGGCAAUUAUGCGAUGAAUCGAGGAUAUCUGGCGACUUUCACAAAGGCGUUGGACGGCGGGAUGACUCCACUCAAAGCACCACUGCAACAAAGGGGCCACAGCGCUACAGGUCUUAUCGCGAUGAACUUCAGGCUAGGCAGCAACUUAAAGGUACCUCUACCUACCUCUACAUACUGCGUACGUACACCUUGCAACCCAGAAGACCCCACCUGCCAUUGCAUCAAGUGGAAUGCAAGCAAGCCUAGUCUGCGUCCUGAUAAGCACCAAUCUUGUCUGGUUUUCACGGUCGGCGAGAGCCCCGGAUCGUCAUUCGGAAAUUUUCGAACCUCACCGACACAGCAUGGGCCCCGAGAGAGUGGGGGUCCGGCAGCCGGGGGAAAGUGGAAUCGCGCUACACAAGUGUUGUGCCGGUGCCGUUGCCGGGGGAAGAGAGACCCGCCCACGGACAUGGCCAACUCGCGGACAACUCGCCCUUUCUCCUCCGGCGAUGACACUUGCGAAUGUACAAUGGGGUAA